AUGAAUCCGUACUUUAUCGCCGUCGGACAGGCAUUUCUGGCAAUUCUGCUGUUUGUGCAGCUUGGGCUCACGGGCUAUGCUACCAGCUUAGAAAAUGGCCUUGAAGGAAUCAAGCCGUCGAAGUCGAUUCUGUUCAUGCUCGGCAACACCGUCUGGUCGAUCCUUGCUCUGGCGUUUAUUUCCAUCGCGCCGCUCGUGUUAUCGUAUGCGCUGCACAACCUCGUCGCGUUGCUGUUGCUGGCAGUCACGACGGUAGUGUGGCUGGGCGGCUCAAUAGCUAUCGCGUCGAUACUUCGCGAUCUUUUUGAGAAUCGGAAGAGCAUAUACGCCAUAUCGCAGCCUAUUGUUGCAUUCAGCUUCUUCAUCUGGGUGACGUUUGCCACUCUCAUGUCGCUAGAGGUGGUCGGCCUGUUGAAAGGGGCGUACAGGAAUGGCGAGCAGGAGAUGAUGGAGUUGCAGGAGAACGAAACGAGAAACGCGCUCCGAUGA